AAACGCUGACUGCAAGCGAUUAAAGAGCGCCGCGUACGUGAGGUUAGUUGCGGCGUCUGGGAGGAAUUCACGUAGUGCAGGACGGCGCGAGACCGCAGUGAACAGCUCCGAAACUCUGACGCGCCGCCGCCGCUCACCAGCGACAGAGAGUGCUUCACUGCAGACUGCUGCAACCGAGCGGCGCGUCCGAGAGCUGACGUCCAAGAUUAGUUCCAAGACCGCUAAACGCAGUGCUUCAAAGACCGCUAAACGCUUAGCCCCGCGCAGGACCGCUCGCCCGACGCAAGCGCCGCGAGACAAGAUGGUCCGACGAACGGUCGCGCUGCUGGCGCUCGCCGCCUCGGCGACGGCCUUCACGACGUCGCGGUCGGCGCUGCCGGCGCCCGCCCGCGCGCCGGUCGCCGCCGCCGCGCCGGAGAUGAAAUUCCGCGUCUGCGACCUGACGGGCAAGCGGCGCAACGCGAAGGCCAUGACGGUGACCUUCUCGCACACGCGCAACCACAAAGUGCAGCAGGUGAACCUCCAGGACCGGCGCCUGUGGUGGCCCGAGGGCGACAAGUACGUCAAGAUGCGCCUCUCGACGCGCGCGCUCAAGACGAUCGCCAAGUACGGCCUCAACACGGCGGCGAAGAAGUACGACGUCGACCUCGAGCAGUUCGCGCGGUAGGUGAUCUCUCCUCCCUCGUGUAAAUUGUACCUAUCUUACGUACUAGUCACGAGAGUCACGUCACGGUAUCACAACAACAGUCGUCUGCGCGCCGGUGCCUCAAGCCGGUUUGCGACGACGGGGGCUCCAAUGCGCGAGGACGACCAAAGAGGAAGGA